CAUGUCUGACUCAGGCAGGGCCUGGGAGCUGAAUAUUCAUCAAUUUAAACCUGGCUCCCUGUUGCAUGAUCCACAGGCUGUUUAACACUGCAGGAUUGGAGCAUGACGCUGACCAAAGGAACUUUCACCUACUCGAGUGGUGAGGAGUAUCACGGGGAGUGGAAAGAGGGUCGUCGGCACGGGAUUGGGCAGCUGAGGUUUGCAGAUGGCAGCAGCUACAUGGGCCAGUUUGAGAACGGCCUGUUCAGUGGCCGUGGAAUGCUGCUCUUCCCUGAUGGCUCAAGAUAUGAAGGUGAGUUUGUACAGGGGAAGUUCCAAGGAGUUGGUGUCUUCACUCGCUGUGAUGGGAUGAAGUUUGAAGGAGAAUUUAAAAAUGGACGUGUUGAAGGAUAUGGAUUGUUGAUGUUUCCUGAUGGUUCACAUGGGCACCCAAGAAAUGAGGGCAUCUUUGAGAACAACAGGCUGUCUAAACGGGAGAAGUGUCAAGCUGUGAUCCAGAGGGCACAAGCGAGCGCGAAAAGUGCACGGGCUCUCUCCCUCUAACCAUUCCUCUGUGCUUAAAAUCGAUUAGCGGUUCAUCCUAUCUGUGUGGGAGAAUGCAGAAGGACUGUGUUUGCACUCAGAACCAUUGAAUUCCAAAUUGUGAUGAUGCUGUGGUCUCUCUUCUGUUUCUUUUGCAGUCUGGAAAGCAGUAUUCUGGACACCUGGGAACAGGUGACAUGUGGAUUCCAUUUGCUGGUUUCCCAAUCUGAAGCUCCAGUUCUUGAUGGCUGGGGUAUCGCUGUCAGGAGGAAGACUUCAGCCGUUGGCCACUGUAAUCUUCCCCAACCCCAAAAUACAGACUGCAAAGAGUAUUUGCUACAAUCUGGGCUGGGGGGAGGAGUGUGAAGGGUUAAGGGAGCAGGGGUUUGGGAAUUGACUAAACAAAGAUUUCCCUUUGAAGAUGUCUCUGAGUACUUUACAUCUCUGACUUGAUGGUGACCCACCAGAGCUCCAGCAGAAAGGAUCAAAAUCCAACCACUGUUUUCUGACAGCUUGGUUUGGUCAAUGAAUGUACCUUAUGUAACAGUGCAGCUCCAGGGGUGCUCCUAAUCACUGCAACCCCACCCCCCCCCCCCGAACAAAAUAUGAGUCUUCAACUAAUCAGUGACUUUUUUCUCAUUGGAAUGGGUCCAAAAUUGUGACAAAAAUGAGAAAAGAAACCAUUCCCCUGGCAGUACAGACUUGAUGGGCUAAAGGGCCUCUUCUCUACUGUAUGCUGCUAUAGUUCUAAUAAGCUGAAAAUGUGUUGCUGGUUAAAGCACAGCAGGUUAGGCAGCAUCCAAGGAACAGGAAAUUCGACGUUUCGGGCCAGAGCCCUUCAUAGUUCUAAUAAGGUGACUAACUGAAGAAAAAUUAGCAAAAAAGCCAAAAGACGACAAGUAGUAUUUAUUUUCUCAGCAAACUGCUAUGAUCUGGAAUUCUCUACUAACAUUACUUUUCUAAAGGGGACUGUGCAUCUAUACUUGAAGGAAAAGGAUUUGCAAAGCUAUGGAGAAAUGAGGGUGAAGUGCAGUGAUUGUAUUGCUCUUUCAAAGAGACAGUACAGGCAUAAAUGGCUGAAAGAGUUACCUAUUAUGUCACGAUUGCCUGAUGGGAGAUCAGCUUAUCCGAUUAAUCAAAGGCAACAACCCAUACCAUCUUCACAACAUAGUGUCUGUCUCCCUAUGUUUGGUUUUGUGUGGGUUGUGUCGAUAUGUCUCUGAACAUGUUUGAAGUUGCUGCUACUUUCAUCUGAUUUUCUGAGCUUGGAUUAUCAAGCAAGCACCAUUAAGAGCAGGCCUUUUCAACUAUUCAUCAGAUGUGAGAAACCUGUCUAUAAUGUAGAAUGGAGACUCCAGGCUUGGUGGGAAACCUGCAAUCUAUGAAUCCAGGUUUGGGAAUUCGGUGAUUACUUGAAGAAGUUCCAUAUCCUGGCUUCAUUCAUCUCCCAUACCUACCUAUUCCAGCUGUUGCUUUCCCCCUGCCUCUAGCUUCCUUACACUUUUGCCUGGUUUCUGUCCACUAAAGCUUACCCUUUGCAGCCCGUGAUUCUAUGCCCUCUUGUCCUUUUGCCAUGGCAUUUCUAAGAUUGCACAGAUGUGCACCUCUGUAAAGUCUCACCUGAAUCUUCAGUUUAAUGAACACCAUUUUUGUGUGUCUUGAUUUCCUUGAUUGCAAUGCCUUUAUACAGCCCUGAUCCAUCCCAAGAUGUUGUGUUGCUGUUAACCAAAUGCAAACCAGGGUGCUCAGUAUUCCACCUAUUUCACUCAAACAUCUAAUGAGAUGCAAAACCUUGCCAUGUCUCUCUGUACAACUUAAUUUCCUCUCACCAUAUCAAUCUGAAUUUUCAUUUCAUGCAGUAGAAACCAGUCCCUGGUUUCAAUGGUAAACAUAUCCCACCUCAGUCCAAUGUGUUACAACUCUGUCUUCUCCAAUGCCCCUUGGUAAUUAGUUAUUGAUCAGGACCAGUUGUUCAUUUGGUACAUCCUGAUGCAGCUAAACAACUGCUAUGGUUCAACAUUAUCUCAAGGUUUGAUUUUGUUUUUGAUUUAUUGUGAUGUUUGAUUAAUGCCUUGCAGCAACCAGCCUACUGAGCAAGACUAUGUUAUGUUUACAUUGGAAUAUAAGAAGAGGAGGCCAUUCAGCCCUUCAAGCCUGGCCAGAUUAAUUUGUGACUUGACUCCAUAUAUCUUGGCCUCACAACACUUAGUAACUUUAGUUAAUAAAUGAUAUAUCAGUCUCCAAUUUAAAAUCAACACUCGAUCCAGUAUUCCCUGCAGAAUUCUCAGCUGAAGCUUGCAGUGUUGACUGUCCAGAAUUGCACCGACCAUUUACCCCGAACCAUUUCAGUGUUUUCAAUGGUGUUAAAAGAACAAGGUGAAAUUAAUCAGGAAACCUUCAGUAUUCUUUUGGUUCUGAUGAGCUGAGCUGAAAUAUUAACCAGUCUCUCUGCUAGAAGUUAGUGGACUCAAUUGUGCAUUUCUUGUGCUUUUUAUUUUCAUUGUGUACAUAGUGUUGUAACUGGUCUGCUUUAUUUUUUUUAAAAUUGCCUUAUGCCUUAUCUUGCCUUUUAUUGUCAAUUUGAAUGGGGUCUCCGUCUAGACAAUGCAGGAUUGGACUAGUAAUAAGCUGCAUUUGCAGAGAAACUUCCUACCUCGCUUAAGAUGGGGAGAUUCCGUUACUAAGCAGGCCAGCACUCCAUUGUGAGUCCCUCAACUGGAUAAUACUAUUUGGGGGAUGAGAGACUGAACAGGGGCUUACUUCCAUGUUCCCAUUUGCAACACUCCAUCUAUGCUUUAAUAUAUCUAGUGGAGAAGAGAACUCAACCAGCUUCCCGAACACACACACACACACACACACCCCAAAUUGUUUCAUUUCUGCUCGUUUUAAAGUUAAGGGGAGAGAGGUUCAUAGCCUGCCUUGGAGGAGUGGGGAUGAAUUGAGCCAGGGGAAAUUUCGGUGAAAAAAGGGGAGAAAGUCGAAUGCCUUAAAUAUGAAUACAAGUGCUGUGUUGUUCUGGGUGGUGAAGUGUUUUAAUGUGAUAUGAUUCAGAAAGCAGUCCUGCAUCUCAUCAUUUUAAUGCAUACCUAAUCCUUUUUGGAGCAUGAUUUGGAGAUGCUGGUGUUGGACUGGGGUGUACAAAAUUUAAAAAAUCACACAACACCAAUUUACAGUCCAACAGGUUUAUUUUAUCUUAAACUAAUAUGGAGAUCUUAUAGUGCACAACCUCCUGAUGAAGGAGCAAUGCUCCGAAAGCUUGUGCUUCCAAAUGAACUGUUGGACUAUAACCUGGUGUUGUGAUUUUUAACUUUUUGGAGCAGACUGUAAUGAAAUGAAAAUUGAAACAAAGUGAUUGUGUGUCUGCUUUUUAAACUUUUAAGUAAUGUUGAUUUGCUGGUUGCUGUACUUUUGUGCCUUUGCAUACGAUACAGGGAAGCAUUAAACUGGACAAGAGUGAAAAGAUUGGUUAGAUUGCACUCUGAAAUAUACUUUUUAGUAACUGAAUAAUUUGUAAUGUAAUGAAUAAUUUUGAGAUGUGGCAUGUGGCGCAUGUUGCCUCACAGGGAAGGGGGCAGGCGAUGCUUGGCGAUGAGAUUAGUUUAUACCUAUGGUACCCAAAGCUGUCUGCCACUGGGGGCUUUCCUCACCACAUGUCUUGGUCUGCUGCACACUCCAAUAAUGCAGAUUGAUUGCUAUGAUUAUCAAUAGUUCAUUGUAGCAGGAUAAGGUAGGAAGUGAACUAGAUGGAAUUUGGUCUUGUUGUGAAGGUCAGAUGUGUGACCCCUUCAUCAUUGUUAUGGAAAAGGGAGCCAGUAAAAUGAUCAUGUGACUAUAUUUUUCAGGUGGUACUUUAACCUUUACCAUUUUAGUGACAUUCCAAACCCUUCCCUUCCUUUUGGUGGCAAAAAUUGUUGUGCAACUAUUAUUUCUUUCUGUUGGAAGAUCAGAAGUUUGCUCAGGGCUCUGAGUUGCGUGAUGUAGUUGGCCUUUUUGGCACUUGAGAUCAUUUAUAACUUUAUAUAUUACCCCAUUCACAACCCUCUCCACUAGUUUAACCUUAUUUUUGUUUUAUUUGCCCCUUGCUUUUGUUUGUGCUGUCUCUCCUUUAUAUUAAUGUACAGGUACUUUGUAUUAAACAGAAAAUGCAAACGCAUUGUGACAUAGCCCCGUUACCCUACCAGCUAAUUUGGGUCCACCCUAUCCCAUCAGUUUCAGAAUGAAGGUUUGACCCAUGCCAUCUCAGGAGUUGAAGACUCCUUAAUAAUAUAUGUAAUUCAUAUGCUGCUGUCACAAUUUGUAAUGAAUGGAGUAUUAUGCUAAUGUAAUGCUAUGCUUUUUGUUACUUUUCUAAAAGGGCUGGACUCUUUUAAAGUUUGUUUUUUCAAAAUGGUUGCUGUUCCUGUUUUAGCCCAGGUGUCCCAGUUUAAUGUGAAAUAGGCAGGAAGGCUUAUUAACCAUAAAUGUCAAAAAUUCAAAUUAAUUGCAAUGUAACUUGAAGUGAAACAUGGUGCUUUCUCAUUACUUGAUUACUUACUUUCAUGCCUUCAGUAUCCGUGAGGAGUUGGUGGACGUUCUUGCACAUAUUUAAACUGAUGGACUGAAAUCUAUCAUGGAAAUGUAUUAAUAUUCUUACAUAUGCUGCCUUUUCUCUCCCCCCGUCUUAUUUUUCAAGUGCAAUUAAAUAUUUAAUGUGAUUGGCUUGUCCAAAUAAUGCA